AUCGGGGCUCCAUGCUGGCUGCAACGCGAACUGCUAAGCGGCACGCAACGCAAGCAAGCAAACAGGCAGGCAGGCAGGCAGUCGCAGUAGACAACAUGGCGCCGAAAGCGUCGUCGUCAUGCCGGCGUGACGUUUCCCGCGCGCGUCAUUAACGGAAGUAAGUCCACAAAAUGGCGGAGUUUUACGGCGAGGUGUGAAAGGGAAGAGAGAAAGGAGAGGACAUGGGGUGUCUAUGCUCGCGGGCAGUUAGGUAGGCGAUCAAGGCAGAAUGACGAGAGAUCCUGUAGAAAGAGAGGAGGUUAGGUCGGUGGCAUAGAGAAAGAAGAAUGACUGGUAGCCGCCUUCAGCGGUAGACUAGCUAGCGUACUGUACGAAUGGGGCAACGAUGUGUCGAGGGGGCGAGCAUUAAAUGAAAAGAGAGAAAACGAUGAAAGUGAUAGGUUGAACGCAGAUAGCGCUAAAGAAGUGUCGAGCGAGUGGGGAUACGCAGAGGAGAGGCCGCAAGGGAGUGCAAGAAGAGAGACCGAAGGAAUGAGAGAGCAAGAGAUGGCGAUAGAGCGGAGGGGAAAGACCAGUGAGAAGCAGCGGCAGACUCGCCGGUGGGGAUGAAAAUUAGUUACGGCAUCCAAGACCUAAAAGGAACUCCGGCGCCGCACGGUCAGAUCGCAUCGUGCAAUGUUAAGCGUUAAGGUAGUCUCGUGCGUCUUUGACAGUGCCGGUUUCGAAAUUUGUAGUAACUGUUACCUGCAUCGUCAUUAUAAUCGGACUUGUGAUCAAUGUGACGGCCAUUGCAGGUGCGACAUAGUUAUGUGUGUAUAAUAUUUUUAAUAAAAAGAAAAACUUAUUGACGUGGUGAGAUGCUCAGUGAGGAUAACUCAGUGAAAAUGAUUCAUACAAAGCAAUCGGUGCAUCAACAUCAGCAGCAGAAUAUGCGAAAAUCUGUGGGCGUUAUGGGUACCAGGCGUAUCUUUACAACAGCUUUUAAAAUCAAGGUUCUGGAUUCGUAUAGGCAUGACAAAGACUGUCGGCAGAAUCAACGUGCUACUGCAAGAAAGUACGGUAUUCACCGUCGUCAAAUACAAAAAUGGCUGCAGUGUGAGGAACAGCUCAGAAAUAACGUUGAAAAUGGGAAUUCUGGCACCGUUUCAUCGGCAACUGCUUCUUCUGCGAGUGUUUCUAAAUCUGAUACUGUGACGGAAGUCACAGGGAGUUCUGUGAUUCCAGCAACGCCGGCCUUGAACCUCAACCUCGCCAGACAGCACGGCGACGAGCUGACUACACAGCAAGGGCCCCCACCUUCUCAUCCUCCGCAUGGCAGUGCACCCUCCUCGCCCCAAUAUUGCCUUCAAUCUAUUACCACCAAUACGGUGGUGCCUGUGUGUUUAACAUCUGUGACCUAUCAAGAAUAUUCAUCGGAACCACAUCUUCGUUUGUUCGAAGAACGCGAAGAUAGAGUUCACAUACCAGAGAUUCAUGGAUAUUCGGACGCGCAUGUGGAUCAGGACCGUAAUUACUACUUAUUGAACGGAGACAGACAACAAGAUGCAGAAGCGGCUUCAACGUUUGGUGAUAGGAACGAGGUGAAGGUAUAUCAAACUUUAACGAGUUACCAUUCCCCACAUCAGGAACAUCGAUACAACGUGAACGAUAUCAAUAAUAGCGCACGUAAUCAUUCGCCGAAUCAUCAUCCGCAGCAGAGUUAUGGGAACGUCGAUUCAAUCGACGGGAGAUCGUACAGCCUGCUAGCGCCGUCGAUGAUAAAGACAGAGCCAGCGAGUCCAGACACAGCGGCGACGUCAGGGCCGUAUGAAUCGGUGGGUUCUCCCAAUGGCCCACGGAUCCCGCUCUCGCCAGUAUCGCAUCAAGGCGUUGAUAGCGGUGGCUCUUCCUCGUCCGUUCACUUUGCUGAUUCUUCACGAACUCCUGCAAGCCCGUACAUGCACGUGCAUGCGCAUGAGCACGCACACACGUGCCGCCCAUUGAAUUCCGAGAAGCCUAUCCCAUCACUCCUGCACGAGCAAGAGAGAAAGUCGGAGGAGACAACGCAGCAUACCGAAGAGAAAAAAGAGGAAGAAAUGCAGGAGAAGACAGAAUAUUCCAGGACGUUGAUCAAAGAAGAAGUGCACUUGGAUGAGGAAGAGGUUGUUUAUAACGAAGGGGAAGAAGCAACUGUAUCCUCGUGUGUUGACUAUCAACGACCACCUGUUGGCGAGUCGUCACUAGAUACUUCAGCAAUGGAUCCUAUGUACGUGCAUCCUCGCAUGCACGAUCGCGUUAGUUACUCCUUGCCUUCGAGUCCUCGUGAUUGGUCUAGCGCUGGAAGAUCUAGAAGUAGCUUGUCGGACAGUGAGGUAGAUCCUCUCAUGCCCUCUAACAGCUUGAAUAUGUCUAGCAAUUUUACUCGUAGACGAUCUUUCCCCUUGAGUUUUAAACUCAAGGUUCUCGACACUUUCCAUCGGGAUGAGAGAGUAAAGGGAAAUCAAAGAGCUACCGCGAGACUAUUUGGCAUAAAUCGUCGUCAGGUACAGAAAUGGCUGGAACAAGAGGCAGGUCUCAAAGAUGAAAUCACUCUUCGAGGAGAUUCAUGUCAACGAUUGAGCCCUAUCCAAGAUGACUCGCCAUUGGAUUUGACGACAACAAGUUACACUUCGUUAGGACAAGUUACAAAUUGUGUUUCGUUGUUGCGUGACCGACUUCAGAUUGAACAUGAACUAUCGCCAACGCACAUCCUUGGCGAUGCUGGUUUCAUUUCUUCUCAACAUCCCUCUAAUUAUCAGCACUGCACUGGAACAGAACCAUGCUCUGAAGUAGAAUCCGUAGCGCCCUGUAAUCUGUCUUACUCCAUAGAUAGUCCUACUACAAUGUCGACGACAUCUUACUCCGUAGAUAGUCCUACUACAAUGUCGACGACAUCUUCUUAUCAAGAGCUGUCUUUAAGAGAAUCCUGUUACACGGAGCCUUCGAUUAAAACGUACUACUAUUCGCCUAGAUAUUCCACGCCAAAUUCCGUGGUUUCUAACUUUUCCGAAGGAUGCGAGCAAAGAUUUUCACCUCUGAAGAGACAACAUUGUAUGUUUGCUUGCUGCUACGAUGCGAUGCCAUCGCCGAAAAGAUUCUGCGACAGGUACGCUGAUGCGGACGACUACGAUACACCGCCUCAGGAUAUACCUCUUUGUCUUGUAAAACGGAAAUCAAUAGUGGAACUCUCUCGAACGGAAUUGGUUACAAAAUCAAUCAGUACUGUAUCGACUUCGAAUAAUCCUGAUGCCAUCACUUUCAAGCCUUACUUAGAUAAUCCAGUGAGUAAACCCAUGAAGAAGCACAUCAUCCAGCGCAAUUUUUCUUCCAUCAGUAGUCAAAUCAACAAUAAAUAUAAUAUCAAAAAUGAUAAUUGCCAGAUAAUUUGUAAUUUUGAUGAGAGCCAAAGUCACAAUUAUGAUUUUGAGCGUAAUUUGCGAGUGCACUGGAGAUAUGGAUCCGAUUUAGAUAUAAAUCCGUAUAUAAAUCAAUUUUCGCAGAAGAGCGCGUUUGUUGGCGUAUCUUCACUCUACAAUCUGUAAUUUCUUUUUGCAUAUUAAUGAUCAAACGUUAAUAAUAGAAAACGUAGACUUUUGAAACAAUCGUCAAUCGCGCCUAUAUUUCUUUCGUUUCAUUCUACAUGGAUAUAUUUCUUUAAAAGUAAAAAAAAAAACAUAAUGAUUGGGAUAAUGAUUGGAUUGCGUUAUAGUCAAUUAGCUUGGGGGCAUAAAAAUCAGACUCGUAGGUUUCUCGGGUGAGAAUGUACCGGCGAAAGAUCGAUUGGUGCGUGAUCUACUACACGUAGCAGACCACGUAAGCACUUAUCGUUUCCACGGAUCGUCAGUACAGCGUUAUACAUCGAGAUAAAGUCUUAAUCGGCCAUUGGACGACCCGAGGCAUGGAAGGAGAUUAACAUGGUCGUGUCCUCGACUGGCGUCUUCUUCUAACUUCAUCAGAUCUGCUCGACUCUUUUCCCCUCCACCGCCAUCCGCUCAUUCCUUUUAAAAACUCUCUUGUGUAGAUAUUCUAGCAGAUCUUUUUUCAUCACUUUAUCAUCGAGAUUAGAGGUGGUUAUCGGCUAGGCCGUUUAGAGGUCGAAUUCGUUUGCUAUAAUUAUAGAAUUAUGUCAGAGCGCGCAGCCAUUGCGUUGCAUCGAAAGAAAGUUCGCGGAAAGAAAUGUUUAAGCCGAAGUAUCGUAAAAUGCAAUAAAUCUGUUCUUGCAACAUGAUAUGCAAUGAAAUCAGACAAUCUCGUAUGCAAGAUAUUUUUAGCUUAGUAUUUGUCUAAGCAAAUUUUUAAGUUCAACUUUUGAUAUCGACAUUGCAUAUUGUGCUGUACAGAUGCAUUGCAUUGAAUAAAAACAACACUUUUAGGUCAUGUUUCUUCCAUUUUGUUUUAUAUGGAAAGUCAUCCGCAGACGGACGUUGAUCGCACGAUUUCUUAGUAUCGUGCCGCCCAUAGCUUUCCGCGAACUGGUCGCGCGAUCACCUUCAUCACUGAUCAUCGCGAAUAUGCAUUCGAUCUGCAGAAAUCACUUAAUUGCUCAAACAAUUUCUUCCACGUGCGCACAUAUCACACGCGUACCAUGUUAUACAAUAAAACUAUGUCAUCUCUCCCUUCUCAUUGUUUGACAGUUGUUUACUUCUUGCUUUCAUUAUUAUCACUUGAA